UCCAAGAUCCUUGCAAAGAUAAUCCGGAGAGAGUACUCAUUCCACCUGACCCUUCCCACCGGCCACCAGAGGUCUCUGUCACUCUCUCUCUCUCGCGCUCAUGCAUGGCACUCUCACUCCUCUGGUUUUUUAUCUGUGUUUUUCUUUAAAUCCAUGUCUUUCUCUCUCUCUCUCUCUCUCUCUCUCUCUCCCUCUCUCCCUCUCUACUUUCUAAACCAUGAUCAUUAGGCUUCCCUAAAACCCCACUAACCCAAAUCUCUCACUCUUUCUUCCUAUCUUCUUUUGAGUUUCUCAGGGUUUGUGGAUAAAAUGGAUCUGAGAAGAAAGGUAAUUCAGGAUAUGAACGUGAAGAAUGUGAAGAACAAGAAGUUCUGCACUGACUGCAAAGCCACUGAGACGCCCUUGUGGAGGAGUGGCCCGGCUGGGCCCAAGUCACUGUGCAAUGCUUGUGGGAUCAGAUACAGGAAGAAAAUUCCUACUGUGAGUAUGUGCAAGGGACCAAAGAGGUGGAAGAAAGACAAAACAUAUGGCGGCAGCAGCAGCACCAGUACAAUCACCACCCCAGCCACCACAAACACUGCUGCUUCUGCUUCUGCCACCACCACCACGAGCACCACUGCCAGAAAAGCCAAAAUUGGUGGCAGUGGUGGUGGUAGCACAGGCUUGAGUGAGUCACUGCAGGUGAAGUUAGUGGCUUUUGGGAAGGAUGUGUGCCUGCAAGGCACACCACCAGUGCAGAAGAAAAGGAGGUACCAAAAGAGGAGGAGGGAGAUGGGAGAGGUGGAGCAAGCAGCUGUGUGCUUGCUGGCCAUGUCAUCUCACUCUGUUUUUGGUUAAUGGGGAACAAAAAGUUGUGGAGUACAAUAUUAUAGUAAACAAUGAAGUCCCCAAAGGAGUCAAAAUAUAGUUUUGGAUGGUCUUUUUUUGGUAGUUAGUUUUACUAAUUAAGAUUAGGGGGGAUUAUUAUACCCUUGCUAAUGCUCAUUAGGGGAAGUAAUGAAUAGGAAGGAACAUGGGAAGGUCUAAGAAAUAGAGGGUGGUGAUGGUUUCUUAGGGAAUUAAGACAAUCCUGUAUUUUGGUGCAAUCUUUGAUUGUGUUGUACAUAUUAAUGGAAGUAUGAGUAAUUCACUAUUUACUUUUUUU